AUGGACCCCUUGUGUAAUGGAGCCAAGAAACCUGAGGGUAGUGAUCCCACUGCAGACCCCCGGCCCCCUCCUGCCAAGCUGGCUCGUCUGGAACAAAACGGAGCGGGACCCUCAACCCAGGAGAGCAGCAGACAAGGGAGUCCAGGGGCCAAAAACCCCUCCCUGGCCCAGAAACCCACCACAGUGAAGUCACAGGGCAAGAGCUGGCACACCAAAGGAAGCUUGCUGCCAGUGUUCUGUGUGGUGGAGCACAGGGAAAGCUCUUUGGAGGGAGAGAGGACAGAAGAACAUGCUGAGUUUGUGUUAGUUAAGAGAGACCUGCUGUUUAACCAGCUGAUAGAGAUGGCCCUGCUGACCCUGGGCUACUCACACAGCUCUGCCGCACAGGCCAAAGGUCUGAUUCAGGUGGGCAGAUGGAACCCGGUGCCUCUGUCUUGUGUAACAGAUGCUCCAGAUGCCACAGUGGCCGACAUGCUGCAGGAUGUUCACCAUGUUAUCACCCUUAAAAUACAGCUGCACAGGUAGGGCACAGACAUCUUGAAAUCAUUUUGUUUGUUUAUUUAAUCAAGCUGUCCUAAAUUGGAGGAUUUGCCAGCUGAGCAGUGGAGUCACUCAACAGUAAGGAAUGCCCUGAAGGAGCUCCUCAAGGACAUGAAUCAGAGCUCGCUGGCCAAAGAGUGCCCACUGUCCCAGAGUAUGAUAUCAUCUAUUGUAAAUAGCACUUACUAUGCAAAUGUCUCAGCUGCCAAGUGUCACGAGUUUGGUCGAUGGUACAAGCACUUCAAGAAGACCAAAUGCUUCAAGGAGAUUAACAGCUUUUCUGACCAGUCAACACAUAUCACCCUCACCCAGCAGCCGAUCACAAGUAGCCCAGCUGAUCAGAGCUCGAGCCUUCUUUUCCCUCGUGGAGGAGUAGCCAACAUCUGCGGCCGUUCCCCUCUCGGCCUUCAUCCCCCUGGGUUGGUAACCCAACCUCUCAACUGCCAAAUGGUCAGCCAGCAGCUAGUGAUGGCCCAGUUUCUCAACCAGCAGUAUGCUGUUAGCCGCAUGUUAGCUGGCCAGGGUCUGUCGCCGUCCCCACAGCAGUAUCUCAACCACCCGCCUGUAGGGAGGCCUCCUGCCCAGGUCUUUUCCAAACCCCCUGAUUCCCAAGGCCCGCAGCAGGCCCAGUGUGGCCCAGGGGGAGGCCCUGCAGCAGGGCAGCAAAGCCAGACAUUGCCUGGGUCCUCUCUGGGGCCAGCAGAUGUGCCAAAUGAAAUCUACCACUGUGUGAGAGAGGAACUGAAGAGAGCAGGCAUCUCCCAAGCCAUCUUUGCCCGAGUGGCCUUCAACAGGACCCAGGGCCUGCUGUCAGAGAUCCUGCGGAAAGAGGAGGAUCCUAAACAUGCCUCCCAGUCCUUGCUGGUCAACCUGCGAGCCAUGUACGGCUUCCUGCAGCUCCCCGAGGCUGAGAGGGAGCGCAUUUACCAGGAGGAGAAAGAACGAAGCCUGACCGGAUUCACACCCAGCUGUAACAACACGCCACCAAGAUCCACACAGGCGAGACUGUCUCCAGUCACAGCAGACAGAGGGUUGAGGACAGACAGUUGUGUUCUCAAUGUCAGCUCUUCUAUCUACGAGGAGAUUCAGCAUGAGAUGAAGAGAGCCAAGGUGUCUCAGGCCUUGUUUGCAAAGGUGGCCGCCUCCAAGAGUCAGGGCUGGCUGUGUGAGCUGCUGCGUUGGAAAGAGGAUCCCAGUCCAGAGAACCGAACCCUGUGGGAGAACCUAUGCAUGAUCCGCCGGUUCCUCAGCCUGUCCCAGACUGAACGUGAUGCCAUCUACGAACAGGAGAGCAUCAACACGACAGCACAGCAGCACUGCUCUGACAGGCUUACGCUGCUCAGCAGUGACAACACACUGUAUCAACGUCACUCUCCACUGCCACAGCAACACCAUCUUCAACCCCAUCAACCAUUGCAGCCCGAGACAGGACCUCACCUAUCUCCACGGCAACCAUGCGCUGCAUCACCAGCUGAAUCUGAGGCUGGGGGCAACUGGGGGCACUUGAGAGUACGUUUGCAGGGCAGAGGCAGCAGCAGUGGUGAGAGAGUGGACAGUAAGGAUUGGGUUGAGGGGGGAAGAGGGGAUAGGGGGAGUUUGGGUGGAGACUGGGGUUCUACUGGGAGGGUGAUAGACAAGAGUACAGAAAGCAAGGAGCGGGAGAGAGGUGGAGAUGAUGGUGAGGAAGGCAUAAAUGAGAGCAAUGGAGACAGUAAAGAGCUCAAGUUUAAGGAGAAGCUCUCUGUGAUGUGGCCUGGUGUAAAGGAUGAGGACCAAGCUAGGGUUGGGGUUUGUGCAGAGGCAGAUAAUGAGGUCAAAGCAGGAGAUGAGGUUACAGGUGAGGGGUUAAAAGUGUCCCAUGAAGCUCUGGGUAUCCUGCAGAGCUUCAUCCAGGACGUUGGCCUCAACCCAGAUGAGGAGGCAGUCCACACCCUUUCAGCUCAGCUGGGCCUGCCCAGACACACCAUCCGCAGCUUCUUCAACAGCCAGGACCAUGGGCAGGGUCAAGACCAGUAUCAACACCAGAGCCAGAUCCAAAAACAUACACGAGAAAACCAGCAAUGUGGCACAGACCCAAACCAGUCACAGGAAGUCAAAACUACUGAGGAACAAAGGCAGGAAGAUAAUGCAAAGGCUGAAACAGAAGAAAAUGAGGAGGAGGAGGCAGAGGAGGAGGAGAAGGAGGAGACGGGGAGAAAUGACUUGAGCGAGAUAACUAUUUUGAAAGAGUUGGAAGUUGGCACUCAAACAAUUCCCCAUAUGAAGGAAGAGCGGGACAGCUACAUCUAG